CUCAAAUAGGAUCUAGGAGGGUAGGAAGUAGAAUAGCCUGAAGUUUGUCUGCUGCUUAGUGCUUUUGAUACGUAAAAAAUGGCGACUGACGGAAGCAAAAAGCAAGCUAAAAAUGCUCCGAAAAAUGUUAGCAAAUCGAAUGAAGAAGUCAUCCAAGGAUUUCAAAGAUUACGAACUGAACAGAGACAACUAGCUAGUAAAUUAUCUGAGCUCGAAAUGGAUCUAAACGAGCACAAACUAGUAAUAGAAACCCUUCAAAAUGUGGAUGAAGACAGGAAGUGCUUUCGCAUGGUUGGUGGAGUACUAGUUGAACGAACUGUCAAAGAAGUUCUGCCUGCACUGACAUCAAACAGGGACCAGAUGACUAAAGUAAUUGAAGUUCUCAAUAAUCAAAUUUCCACCAAGGGACAAGAAAUUAAUGACUUCAAGGAAAAGAAUAAUAUCAGGAUACGAAAUCAAAAUGAACUCCCAUCUACAGCUCCUGAUAAUGAAGGAGAAAAUAAAGUUGCCAAUCAGGGGGUUUUGGUGGGCACCAAACCUUAACUGAUAUACCUUGUUUUGUAUGCUCUGCUGCUGAAGAAAAAUCAGAAAACAUA